AUGGACCGGUGGCUCCAUCUUCCCACUUGUCAAACACUGCUUUUCCAACUUCCCACAAGGCGAUCCCACGGACUGGCAGUCGACUCUGCCCUUGGUGCGAACAGCGGUGCACGCGAUCAUCGUCACCGGCGACACAGGUGGUACCACGACUACCGUCUCUUGUUCGCGACCCUUCUCGUCUGUUCGAUAUGUGCAUUAGCUUCAUAUCACUUUCAAGCAAAGGCUCACAUGCUGUCAUGGCUGCGGCAAUCGACCUCUAGUGCUAGUGGGCCACGACCGCCCCUGACGCAGACGAUCGUCGCCGGUGUUCUCUCGCCCGAUUCAAGCUCACGGCAGGAUUUCGGCGACGACAAUGUCAUCAACGACCUUCCGGGUUGGGCCGACUACGAUGCCAUCUCUUCCUCUACAUUUCCCCUCUCCAACACCAUCGUACCCGUCAUCAUGCACCACUUUGACGUGGCCCAUCUCGAAGCGCCAUACGACCAAGUGUACAUCGUUUCGGCGUUCGUGGACCCGCGACCACUGGUCGUGCCCAACGCGCGCCGCGAGAUUCUCAUGCAUGCGGUGUUGAAUGGUAUCAGUUGGUCUAACGAGGGCCGGUAUCCGGACGAUGUCAUCGAAUGCUCAGUUCUGAUUCGGCAGCCCGACGGGACCGUCAUAGCCACGACGGGCAGGGCGAAGAGCUCGCCCGCCUAUCAUUACAGGCGAGGGUAAGCUAGUGACACCACCCUUGUUUUCGCGGCUGCCGUAGCUUCGUGAGGUCUUAAACUAUUUGUGCGUUUUUUCCCCGGGGCUUUGGCAGGCACAUGACGCUCUCGCAGGACCAGAUCGUCUGUUCAUUAGCGAGAAUACCCCAGAUGUCAUACGACGCAAUCGCCUGGGAGAGGGCCGAAAUGUAAGCUCUGAUAUUUGAUCGGACAUAGGUGAAUCGAGCUGACUACCAAUAUCAGAUACGUAACCGUCAAUCCGAUCGAUGUGUCGCCCCCACCCGAUGCCUUCAUCCUCGCUCGCUCCGUUGCUGCUUUGGAUGUGGACGAGCAUCGCACCGGUCGUGGUCAGGGAGCCGUGUGCCUGGCCCCUCUACGGGGUGAGCUGUACUCGUCGUCUAUUAAAGACCACAUCAGCGUAAGUGGUCACAAUGUAGAUCUUGGUUGGAGUUGGUCGCUGAUCUUGCCGACUUACGACCCCCCAUCGCCGCCGCCAGUACCAAAAAUCGCUCGGCUUCACACGGAUCUACAUUUACCUGUUGGAUCCGGGCCCGAUCACGUUGUCGGUCCUGCGAAAGCUCGCUUCGGCCGAUCCGGACAUUGUCCUCGUACGAUGGGGUAUUCUCAAAGAUUGGUUCAUCACGCCGGAGCCUCUGCGUCGCACUUUUGCGGUCGACCCAAGCCAGUGGAACCUCCCGGGCAUCGAGCCCCUCGAGCCCGCAAGAGAAGCGUUGCUUGGAACGGCUCGAACAUCACAAAGUGUCGCGUCAGUCGGCUUCCCCUCAGAACUCAGUGAGAGUUGACUAACUAAGUAGUGUGUGAACAUCCACCUGUGUAUGCUGCUGCAGCUUGUGGUAUUGGGGCCAGAAUCUGGCGGCGCAAGACUGCUACUUUCGGUCCAUGGCCGAUGGUGUACGAUGGGUUGGUGCGUCAUGCCGACGAAGCUAAUAGACAUACCCAGCGCACCACUCCUGACCACACCAUAUCUUCAUCGUUCCUUCAGCCUCAGUCGAUUGGGACGAGUACUUUGUCCUGCAGCCAGCGGGCAAAUUGACCUGGGAUGUUCCGCCUCGUUCCGCCGACCCCAUCGAAGCGAUGGCCCCCUUUCUCGAAUGGACACGCGAUCUGCGUCGACCUUUCGAUAUCAAGGAGGCAGCGGGAUACAUGCUCCAUCCUUAUGAUGAGAACAGAAUCAAGGUGGAUGUCGAAUCGAUCACCAAGGGGAUGCUGCCGAGCUGUAUGAUCUUUUCCCAAUCGCUUGGGAAGAGCACUUGUAAAGCACAGUCCUCACCACCGCAGACGCCGGUGCUCGAGGAGAUCAUGGAUCGCUUUGGGACUUGGGAUUGGCUUGAGCCAGGUGCAACAGUGCCUGCUGCUUUUUCGACACCAGUGAGGAACCAGUAUACGUUUUGGGGCGACCGCUCCAAGAAAGUUGUGGACCCUUGGUUGAGUGCCCCUAUGCAACGCUCGGUGGCGCGGCCACACCAGCUAACGCAGAAACUCGAUGCAAUCCAUAGGGCCUACUUUCUGGAUUCGACACACCACGUCGAGACCGGAUACGCCACUUAUGCGGUUCGAGAUGGUGUCUGCUCCAAAACGAGUUCCGUCAUCGUCAACAAGGAAAUGUCCCGACGCGACUGCGUUGAAAUCGUCCUCCGUGCGUUCGGUGGCCAGCCGAUGCCCGUACCCGUCACUAAAGCCGUGGUCACGUAUCGACCCGGCUUUGCGGGGCCAUGGUCCAAUAUCACGGGUUCGAGUGGUUCGUUGCGUCAUUUCAGGGUCGCCAUGCCCGUCGUAAGGGGCACGCUUCAAGUGACCAAGCAGCUCACGGACUUCUCGCCAAUGUUGCUGAGCUCGCCGGAAUCACAGAAGGUGCGCUCGAAUCGCAGUAGCGGCAUAUGCAAAUCGUUCGCCGAGGACUGGACGGUGGUGCAAGUCAUGGAACGAUCGCUGGAGCGGGUAUUCGAGGACCGGACCGAAGGCACAGUACCUUCAAAUCAGCGACCGACUCCGGACGCUGUCGUCACGACGAAGCAGGUUCCAGGGCCUGCUCUACCGUCGCUGCAGGCGUUGCGCUCGGAACCCUUUGCUCCAUCGACCGGGGCACUGCUGCUCGCGGUGGUCGCAAUUCUGGCCCUGGUCUACGUGCUCGUAACGCGGUUAAGAUACCACAAGAGGAAGCGCCCGGAGGGAUACGCGAUGAUGAAGCAAGAACAGGCUUAA